UCUUCAUUUUUUAUUAAGGGUGCCAAUAAUUCUGGAGCCCACUGUAUAAGGUAAAACAAUGAUUAAACAGCAUAUUCUUCUACAUGGCAGUGGGGGACUCAUUAUGAGGGUAGACACCAUAGACUGUUUGCACAAAAAAGAAUCACGUACAGUGUGUUGCCUCCCUGAUGCCCAGGUAGGAGAUCUCCUGAAAUGUGUGGACAAGUUCAGAAUACUCAAUAUUUCAAGGUAACUAACUCAACUGAAAUUUAAUUGUCAGAAAAACUAAAAUUGAGUUUUAAGUUUUUUCCCUCAAUGAAAUGUAAGUAUUCUGAAUGAAUGUUAUCAGGCAUAAUUUGAACUCAAAAUUGAAAAAUCUGUAUUAAGCUGAAUCAAGCAAGUAGCUUAGAAAUAUUGAAUAAUCUUAACUUUUUUUUACAGUGGGUAAAGAAAUAACUCAAGAAUUGGAGAUAAGAAAUAACAAAAAUUACUCACCUCAAACAUUAAGAUGUUACAUAGGGCUAUAACUGGUUAUAAUGACGUGAAUUGGUUAUUGACUGUGGCAGGGAGAGUGAUGGAGAGUGAGAUGGUUUAUUUAUUUAUUUUUAUUUGCUGUUUAUUUUCAAAUGUGUUUUUAAAUAGGAAAUGUUCUUCGAGUUCCACGGACAUCACAUUUCAAAAGGCUUAUUUGUGCGUGUAGCCAACAGAUGGCACCAUUGUAUAGGAAUACUUUAAGUCCCAACAUAAUGUAAUUCUCAGGAUGUUGAAUAGGUCUAGUAUAUGUAUGCGUUCAAAUUUAGCAAAGACAUACAUGGAUGAAAUGUUUCUCUUCCGAAUUACUAAGUAAACACGGUAACUGAUGCAACUAAUAAAAAGUACAAAAAAAACUCUGCCCAUCUAACGCUCUAAGUAAACAGGAAAGAAACGAAUGCGGUCCAAAAGAGAAACUGAAAGUUAACUCAGACAGCCAUUUUAAAGAUGCAGCAGAAAGAAGACCGUAAAAAGAAGAAUUAAAUUGAAUAAACCAACGGAGUGAACAGCCUGUUGUGGAGUGGAAUUGUGUGUCCGGGUAGAGAGGGCAGGGUCAUCUGUACCCAGCUGUCUGUCUAUGAAGAGUGAUUGUUCUAUGGAUCCACCACUCCACUUCAGAGGAGAGUUCACAGGUGAUCAAAGGGUCCAGGUAGAGAAGGCAGGGUCAUCUGUACCCAGCUGUCUGUCUAUGAAGAGUGAUUGUUCUAUGGAUCCACCUCUCCACUUCAGAGGAGAAACCAACGGUGAAACCCACGGUCCUCCCAGUAUGAGUGUCCGGGAAGAGAGGGCAGGGUCACCUGUACCCAGCUGUCUGUCUAUGAAGAGUGAUCGUUCUAUGGAUCCACCACUCCACUUCAGAGGAGAGUUCACAGGUGAUCAAAGUGUCCGGGAAGAGAGGGCAGGGUCACCUGUACCCAGCUGUCUGUCUAUGAAGAGUGAUCGUUCUAUGGAUCCACCACUCCACUUCAGAGGAGAAACCAACGGUGAAACCCACGGUCCUGCCAGUAUGAGGGUCCCGGUAGAGAAUGCAGGGUCAUCUGUACCCAGCUGUCUGUCUAUGAAGAGUGAUCGUUCUAUGGAUCCACCACUCCACUUCAGAGGAGAGUUCACAGGUGAUCAAAGGGUCCCGGUAGAGAAUGCAGGGUCAUCUGUACCCAGCUGUCUGUCUAUGAAGAGUGAUCGUUCUAUGGAUCCACCACUCCACUUCAGAGGAGAGUUCACAGGUGAUCAAAGUGUCCGGGAAGAGAGGGCAGGGUCACCUGUACCCAGCUGUCUGUCUAUGAAGAGUGAUCGUUCUAUGGAUCCACCACUCCACUUCAGAGGAGAAACCAACGGUGAAACCCACGGUCCUGCCAGUAUGAGGGUCCCGGUAGAGAAUGCAGGGUCAUCUGUACCCAGCUGUCUGUCUAUGAAGAGUGAUCGUUCUAUGGAUCCACCACUCCACUUCAGAGGAGAGUUCACAGGUGAUCAAAGGGUCCCGGUAGAGAAUGCAGGGUCAUCUGUACCCAGCUGUCUGUCUAUGAAGAGUGAUCGUUCUAUGGAUCCACCACUCCACUUCAGAGGAGAGUUCACAGGUGAUCAAAGGGUCCAGGUAGAGAAGGCAGGGUCAUCUGUACCCAGCUGUCUGUCUAUGAAGAGUGAUCGUUCUAUGGAUCCACCACUCCACUUCAGAGGAGAGUUCACAGGUGAUCAAAGACUGAGUGACUGUGACCUCACAGAGAAGUCCUGUGAUAUUGUGGCCUCUGCUCUCCAGUCAUCAAACUCACCCCUGAGAGAUCUGGACCUCAGCUACAAUAACCUGGGGGAUUCAGGAGUGGAGCUGCUCUGUGCUGGACUGAUGAGUCCAAACUGUGAACUGCAGAGACUGGACCUCAGCAACAACAACCUGAGAGAUUCAGAAGUGGAGCUGCUCUGUGCUGCACUGAUGAGUCCAAACUGUAAACUGCAGAGACUGGGUCUGAGUGGCUGUGAGCUCACAGAGAAGUCCUGUGAUAUUGUGGCCUCAGCUCUCCAGUCAUCAAACUCACCCCUGAGAGAUCUGGACCUCAGCAACAACUACCUGGGAUAUUCAGGAGUGAAGCUGCUCUGUGCUGGACUGAUGAGUCCAGACUGUAAACUGCAGAGACUGGGGUGAGUAGUGCUGUGUACUGUGUGACCUCAACUAAAUAGAAUUUGUGAUUAUGGCUGUGUAACAGUUUGAGCUUUGCUGCAGGGAGGAAACAAAUUUUCAAAACUUGUAACCUAGAUGUUUAUGUGUAAAUGUGGGUUUACAUAUAAGAGCAUUGACUGGGGGGAUAAGCAGCAAGGCUGUAUUCCCCAGAGAGCAGAUUGUCUACUACUGUCAGGCAUUCACCUUAUGUUCUCUGACACUAAGACCUUUUAUCUGAGGUGGUAAACAUACUGUUGAUCUAGGAAUCUUGCAAUUCAUACACUCAUGCCAUGAAGAAGUCAUUUAUGAGCCAACGUGUCACACUGUGUGCAAAUGGGAUGUAGAUCCAGUGCAGUUUUAGCUAAAUGCCCAACGCACAAGCACCAGAGAAAUAGAGGAUAUGAGCCCUUCUUACCCUGAUGUUUCUGACAACAGAGUCUCAAAUGAAUCAGCCCAUCAGACUUUAGUCCAGCAGGUUACAGAAUUAGAAAAGGGGUUAUUUGGGUCAGAAUUACAUCUCUAGAACUGUGAGAGUUCAGUCCAGCAGGAUGUCUAAUUCUCAGGUCUUAGGUGCUGCAGUUGGAGAGUUUUGCUCAGACGUCUUCCUCAGAAGAUGAGCUGCAUACCUUGAAAUCUCAAUUUAGCUCUUCAUCAUAGAACACAACAAUUGUUACAUUACAGGCAUCUAGGAUACGGUUGUAUCCAGAGCGACUUAAAAACAACUUUUAGCAUUUUUACAG